ACGGACCUGCUGCUCAUUGGUUUACUUGACUUUCCCUAAAACAUGGCACUUAGGUUGAUACUCCAAUGCCCUUAGUUUUUACAGAGCGCAUUGGAAUGCCAAAGUGCAUAUUCAGUCUCAAAUUCAAUUUUAAGACAAUACAAGGAAAUAGGAAGCUCCCUGUCCCGAUCCCUGGCUUCCAGAAGUUUCCGAGUCAAACGGGAAAGCUGAGCUGAGAGGCGAAAUAUAUUCUCAAUUCGAACCUGAAGAAACACUAAAAAUUGGACAUAAAGUAAUGGCUGAAGCAAUACCACUGCGAGAAAAGAAGCUGAAAAGUCUACCUCGAUCUGAUGGGUGUGGUCUGAAUAACUUUGAUGCUCUUGAUCUUUCUGGAGGCCUGAGAAUAGUCCUAGUAGGGAAGACUGGCUCAGGAAAGAGCGCAUCAGGAAACACUAUACUUGGCAGAGCGGCCUUUAAAGAGGAUCCCAGUCCGGUGUCGGUGACCAAACACUGCGAGACGCAGAGCGGGGAAGUGGAUGGAACCACGGUACAGGUCAUAGACACACCAGGCCUGUUUGACACUGCCAUCACAGAAGAUGAAUUAAAGUCAAGAAUAGAGGAAUGUGUCAAAAUGUCUGUGCCUGGCCCUCACGCCUUCCUACUAGUGAUCAGGCUUGGAGUGAGGUUCACUGAGGAGGAGAGAAAUGCUGUGAAGUGGAUCCAGGAAAACUUUGGCGAUGAUGCAUCUAUGUACACCAUCAUGCUAUUUACAUGCAAAGACCAGGCUAAAGCUGACAAUGCUCUAAAGGAGUGCAAGGAGCUACGUAGACUCUCCAUCACGUUCGGGCGCAGAUAUCAUGCAUUCAACAACAACGACGCAGAAGAUCGAGUCCAGGUGAAAGAGCUAGUUACAAUGAUCAAGGAAAUGAUCCAAGACAACGGCGGGAAACACUACACAAAUGAAAUGUAUGAGAAAGCCCAGAGAAAACUAAAAGAGGAGGAGGAACGGAAGAAACAAGAGGAGGAAGAGAAGAAAGAGGAGGAGAGAAAAAUGUGGGACGCAGAGCGAGAGAAGGAAGAAAAAGUGCGGGAAAAGAAGAAAAAAACAAAAAGGAAGAACAUUGGUGUGGCGUCGGCGGCUGCUGUGGUGCUGGUGUUAGCUGGCAUGGUUAUCGCAGUGGGGGCCGACACCACCGUGGCGCUGGCUCUUGGUGCACCUACUUUGCUCUUGGGGGUCUUAUGUGGCUUAACUGCUCUUUGGUUUUGGAAAGGAAUUAGAUGCAAAGCUAAAUCUGAUCAUCCAGUAUAAGGAGGUCAGGACCACGAACAUGUAGCACCAUCCUCAGUACACACUGUAAAAAAGAAAACAUCCCGUUGGUCGUGCCAACUUAAGCUUUUAAGCAGACAUACAUCAAAUUCUUAAGGUCUCAUAAGUAAGUUAUUUUGAGCAUUUCUAUCUCAUUUUUUUGCAAGUUAAUAUUGUAAACUUGCUCGCAGGAUUUGAAUUCACUUUUAUUAUCAAGUUUGUGAGCAACACUUAAAUUUCUGGGAAAACUGAACUUGAAAUAAUAUCUUAUGUGAACUUACAGUAACCCUCGCCUCACUCACAAUGGCUUCAAAACGGGAUGUUGACAAUUUAGUGUUAAGUCAGGUUGUUUAGCUCACUUGUCUUUGCGCUCGACUACCCAGGUGGUGUCCUACGUUCGAGCCCCAGUUCAAACAAUGUAUUAUAUAUUUACUUAGAACUAAGUCCACUUUACUUACAAUUAGGGUUGUUCCGAUCAUGUUUUUUUGCUCCCGAUCCUAUCCCGAUCGUUUUAGCUUGAGUAUCUGCCGAUCCCGAUAUUUCCCGAUCCGAUUGCUUUUUUUUUUCUUCUCCCGAUUCAAUUCCAAUCAUUCCCGAUAAUUUUUCCCGAUCGUAUACAGUACAUUUUGGCAAUGCAUUAAGAAAAAAAUGAAUAAAACUCGGACGAAUAUAUACAUUCAACAUACAGUACAUAAGUACUGUAUUUGUUUAUUAUGACAAUAAAUCCUCAAGAUGGCAUUUACAUUUUUUUCUGUGAGAGGGAUCCACGGAUAGAAAGACGGAUAGUGACUAAAUAUUGCCAUCUAGUGUAUUUGUUGAGCUUUCAGUAAAUGAUACUGAAGCCCAUGCCCAAUGCAUGAUGGGAAGUGGAACCAUGACAAGUGAAACCACGACUGUGCGUAGUGCUACCAAUUCAUAUAUCUUCUCUGCGAUGGGAUACAAUUCAAGGUGCUAAGAAAAAGAUCAACUGUUACCGUGCUUCCUCACAUUGCCAUAUUUCUAGACGUAGGGAGAGGGAUUUUAAGGCUUUAGCCAAUUAAUAUAAGGCUCUAAAGGCUGCCAAAAGUUCUCUCUACUCAUUUAACGUUGCCUUUUAUCUCUCUAAAUGGGUAAAACGGUGCCAUUGCAGAUGGAGCGCGACAAUGCGUGAGUGGGUCGUGCAGCGCAUGCAUGAAUUGCGUUAAAUUUUUCGACGUGAUACAUUUUUAAAAAAAAUUAAUUGCCACCAUUAUUGGGAUAAAUUUGAUAACCCUACCUUAAGCCUAAGCUAAAGACUCUGGAUAAGUGUAACAUAUUAUGUCUGUAACAUUAAAUACAAUUAGAAAACGAUUUAAUCAAAAAAUAUAUCCAGUG